CCGCUCCCGCUGCCGCUCCCUCUCCCUCCGGUGCCCAGCCCGGCGGCAGCGCAGCGGCGGCGCCCGGGGGCGGCGGCGGCGGCGGCGCGGAUGCCCGGCCCGCUCCAUCCAGGAGGCGGCAGGGAUAUUAGCCGGGGGGUCUCAGCACGGCUCACCCACGGGCUGGGAGGAGCAGAGAGCGGCACAACAGCCCCUGGAGCACGACCCAACCCCGUCCACCGUGUAUGAGGCUGGGACGCAGUACGCAGGACCCGCGUCCGCAGAGACACCCCUUCCGAUGUCCCGACAUGAGACUUCUCCGACAACGGUGCAACCCGCCAGCAACCACCGCCCCAAUGCCUGCUGCUUCUGCUGGUGCUGCUGCUGCAGCUGCUCAUGGAACGAGGACCGGGAGCGAGCAUGGAGGGCAUCCCGGGAGACCAAACUGGAGCCCAUCCCUAACUGUGAAGCGUGUGCCAAACCCACACCAGAGGAGGUGCAGGGCUGGGCACAGUCCUUCGACAAGCUGAUGAAGAGCCCGGCGGGGCGCAACGUCUUCCGGGAGUUUUUGCGGACUGAGUACAGCGAGGAGAACAUGCUCUUCUGGCUGGCCUGUGAGGAGCUCAAAACCGAGUGCAACAAGCACACCAUCGACGAGAAGGCCAGGAUGAUCUACGAGGACUACAUCUCCAUCCUCUCUCCCAAGGAGGUGAGCCUGGACUCGCGGGUGCGGGAGGUCAUCAACCGGAAGAUGCAGGAGCCGUCCUCGCACACCUUCGACGAUGCACAGCUCCAGAUCUACACGCUGAUGCACAGAGACUCCUACCCCCGCUUCCUGAACUCUGCCAUAUACAAAUCGCUGCUCCAGAGCGUCUCCCACUCCUCCUCGGAGUCCUAAGGGCGCCCACCGGCUGCGGGGACACUGAUGGGGACACAGUGGCUGGAGGGGCUUGGUGCCUCCUCACCUCCGCCACCUUCCUGCUGGCCCCCACGAAGUUUUUAGCUUUUUACCUAUGAACUGUCACCCCGGUGUCUGGGCCACGCUCCAGGACUGUCCCCGAGGCACAGCCCGGGCCAGCUCAUACUACUGAACCCUUGCCCCGUCUCCGCCGCUGGCCGGAGCGAGCUGGGGGAGCUCACGGGAGAGCGCCCGGGACCCCGUUUCCCCCACACCCUGUUUUGAAGAGGUCACUUUAUCCCAUCUCCACCACACCCAGGGACACGGCACAUCCCCAUUUCCCACCUGAGACCCAGCUGGGGACUGAGUUGGGGGUUUUUCUGAGGUGGGGGGGAGGUCAAUUGUUGUUUGGUUUGUUUUGGGUUUUUUUUUACUUUUAAUUUUAAAUGCUCUUUCGGUUGGCUUUUACUGGGGGACUUGAGGGGCGGGAGGGGGGUUUGAGAAGUGUCUCUGUACAUAUAAAAACUUGUCAGGUUUACAUCA